GUGCGAGACAGAAAAGCUGGGUGCGAUAUUUUUGUUGCUUUCGAGCGGGGUCAAGCGGAUGCCUGAUAACGCGCUUCUCACUGAGGCCAACAAGUCAGUUUUCUGUCGACUCUGAACAUGGCUGCUCUCACGCGAAACAUUUUAUCGAAAUAUGAUCGAUUUUAUCGUGAAAUUCCAUCCAGACAGAUUUCAGUCUCAUCUAUACUGGGAGGAAAACCCACCUUCAACUGGCAAGAUCCAUUUGAUCUCGAGUCUCAGCUUACUCGGGAUGAGAUCCUGAUGAGAGAUCAGUUUCGCUUCUACUGUAAGGACAAGCUUCUGCCUCGUGUUGUCGAGGCAAAUCGCAAUGAAGUCUUCCACAAGGAGAUAAUGAGGGAAUUAGGCGAAUUGGGCAUCCUAGGGUGCACCAUGAAGGGCUAUGGUGCUGCUGGUGUCUCUUCGGUGGCCUAUGGUCUUCUGGCUAAAGAAAUCGAAUCUGUGGACAGUGGAUAUAGAUCUGCAAUGUCUGUGCAGUCUUCUCUGGUUGCUGGAUCCAUCUAUGCACAUGGAAGCGAGACACAAAAGCAGAAGUAUUUGCCAAAAUUGGUGUCAGGUGAACUGAUCGGUUGUUUCGGGCUAACAGAGCCAAACCAUGGCAGCGAUCCAGCUUCAAUGGAGGCUAAAGCAACCUAUGACUCUCAGAACAAGGUUUACAAACUCUCUGGCAGCAAAACAUGGAUCACAAACUCUCCAAUAGCUGAUGUUCUGAUAAUCUGGGCGAAGUGCGAGGAUCGUAAUAUUCGAGGAUUCAUAGUUGAGAGAGAAGGCAAUGAGAACAGUCUGUCUACACCUAAAAUCGAAGGAAAAUUCUCUCUAAGAGCUUCGGUAACAGGUAUGAUCCUAAUGGACAACGUGAUGGUGCCUGAAGAGAACCUUCUACCAAACGCUAACGGUUUAAAAGGUCCCUUCAGCUGUCUGAACAAUGCUCGAUAUGGGAUAGCAUGGGGAGCACUUGGUGCAGCUGAGAGUUGCUUGAACAUAGCUAAGUCGUACACAACAGAGAGGAAGCAAUUUAACAGGCCGCUGGCGGCCAACCAAUUAAUACAGAAGAAGCUGGCAGACAUGAUGUGUGACAUCGCGUUCGGACUCCAGGCCUGUCUCAGGGUGGGCAGGCUGAAGGAUGAGGACAAAGCCACUCCAGAGAUGAUCUCCAUGAUAAAGAAGAAUUCAACCACGAAAGCUCUGGAAGUCGCGAGAACAGCCAGGGAAAUGCUAGGUGGUAACGGGAUAUCCGAUGAAUAUCACGUUAUAAGACACGUGAUGAACCUGGAAAGUGUAAUUACCUACGAAGGUACGAGUGAUAUUCAUGCUCUGAUACUUGGCAGAGCCAUUACCGGUAUCCAAGCCUUUACUGCGUAA